AAGCUCGGCCAACCAAAAAGCCGAGCUGAUCUCAGCACCGUUACUGGGGCGGCGCCGAUGGUCUUCAAGCCACUAGCUCUUGUCAGGGGAGGCCCGGAGCCUUCCAAUGCGGGACGGAGGCGAGCUCUAGUUCUCCCAAUCGGUGCGUGGCGCUGGCAAUUCAAACUGACACCAGGUUGGAGAGGCAGGAAAAGCGGAAGAGGGAGCAAAAACCAACGUGUUUGGUGACAGACCCCGGCGCCGACUGAGCCCCAAAAGCGACUUCAGCCCUGCCCCACCAACACCACCGCGCGCCUGGGAAGGGCCGCUCCGGGAAGAGACCUGAAGGGACUGCGGGUGGCACGGGGGACAGCUGAGGGGAGGGAGGACGCGAGAAAAACGGCGCAAGCGCGAGCACGCUGAGGGCUGGGGACUGCCAGGAGAGGGGCCCGCGGACCUACAGAGCGUAGGAAGGUCCGGGAGAGAAGGGGGCGGGAAGGAGGAGAACGCGGGAUCUCCCGGCUGAAAGAGCGAAGGGAGUUCCUGAAUCCUGGGAAGAGGAGGCUGGUAGGGACGCUAAGCCUGAGAUCCCUGAGCUGGGAACGGGAGCGUUCUGGGGGAGGGGCUUAACGUUGGGAAAAGGACGUCUCAAAAGAGGAGAAGCUUUAAAUAAAAGACGAUCGGAGGAGGCUGAGGGAAUUGCUGUGAAGGGGUGGGAGCUGAGGGGUAGAGGACUCCUUCAGACAAGAGAAAGGGAAAGCUGUUGAGAAGUUCCCUUCAGACCCCACCGCCUCCUCUCCAAUUCAAACUCCACUCCCUUCGAAAGUUUAAAAGGAAAGCCAGUUUGCCGCGCUCCCCCGUUUCUACUCAAUAAAUUUUGCUUCUACUCCUCCACUAGGAGAACAGAAAAGAACUCAUUUCCUUCCCAGUUUUAGGGCUUAGAGAAGCUCGAGGUCUCGCAACUUGGUUUUUAGCCUAGGGGAAUCAAAGUAGUAGGAGCAUUGCUCUUGUUUCUUUUUUCAAAAUCCUACACCUCAUCCUUCCUGCGACGCCAUGACUACCAACAUUUGUAAUUUCAAGGACCGGUGCGUGUCCAUCCUGUGUUGCAAAUUCUGUAAACAAGUGCUCAGCUCUAGGGGAAUGAAGGCUGUUUUGCUGGCUGAUACUGAAAUAGACCUUUUCUCUACAGACAUCCCUCCUACCAACGCAGUGGACUUCACUGGACGAUGCUAUUUUACCAAAAUCUGCAAAUGUAAACUGAAGGACAUCGCAUGUUUAAAAUGUGGGAACAUUGUAGGUUAUCACGUGAUUGUUCCAUGUAGUUCCUGUCUUCUUUCCUGCAACAACGGGCACUUCUGGAUGUUUCACAGCCAGGCAGUUUAUGAUACUAACAGACUAGACCCCACAGCAUCUUCAUCAGGAUUAGAUUUCACCUCAAGAAACCAUUUUCUCUGCUCACUCAUAAGAAGCAACUCCUCAUCGUUUCAAGUACAAUCAUGAGAUUGUAGCAAUUCAGUUACAUCUUCAGGCUCCUCUUCUAAUUCUAGUUCUCUUGCUCUUUCUACCACAUGUGCACUUAGUUCCUCCACUAAAGUCUAGAACCUUUCAAAGUUACCCAUGAGUUUUGGAAUCAACUUCUACCACACUCCUAUUAAAGUUGAUAUUUUGAUCUCCCAUGAAUCAGGAAGGUGCUUUUCCAGAAGGUUUUCAAUGUACUUUGCCCAGAUCCAUCAGAAGAAUCACUAAUCUAUGGCAACUAUAGACUUAUGAAAUGUAUCUCUUAAAUAAUAAGACUUGAAAGACUAAAUUACUUCAUGGGCUGCCAAACAGAUUUUAUGUUAAAGCAUUAAACCAACAUUUAUCUCCUUGUACAACUCCAUCAGAGCUCUUGGGUGACUAGGUCCAUUGUCCAUAAACAGGAAUAUUUUCGAAGGGAUCUUUUUUUUUUUUUUCUGAACAGUAGGUCUUAGCAAUGGGCUUAAAAUAUUUAGUAAAACAUACUGUAAACAGAUUUGCUGUCAUUCAGGCUUUGCUAUAUCAUUGAUAGAGCACAGGCAAAAUAUAUUUAGCAUAAUUCCUAAGAACCUAAGAAAUUUCAGAAUAGUAAAUUAGCAUUGGAUUCAACUUAAAGUCACCAGCGGCGCUAUCCUUUAACAAGAGAUUCGGCCUGUGCUUUGAAGUUUUGAAGCCAAGUAUUACUUCUCCUCUCUAGCUAUGAAGGUCUUUGAUGAUAUCUACUUCCAAUAGAAGGCUGUUUUGUGUAUAUUGAAAAUCUCUGCCAGGUGCAGCGGUUCACGCCUAUAAUCCCAGCACUUUGGGAGGCUGAGGUGGGUGGAUCAUGUGAGGUCAGAAGUUUAAGACAAGCCUGACUAACACAGUGGAACCCUGUCUCUACUGAAAAUACAAAAUUAGCCAGGCAUGAUGGUACAUGAGGCAGAAGAAUCACUUGAACCCAGGAGACGGAGUUUGAAGUGACCUGAGAUCACACCAUCGCACCAAGAGCAAAACUCCACCUCAAAAAAAUAAAAUAAAAUAAAAUAAAAUCUGUGGUUUAGUGUAGCCACCUUCAUCAAUGAUCUUAGCUAGAUCUUCUGGGUAACUUGCUGCAGCUUCUCCAUCAGUACUUUUUGCUUCAUCUGCAUUUGUAUUUUGUAGAAAUGGCUUCUUUUCUUAAACUCUACAAACCAACUUCUGCUAGCUUCAAACUUUCUUCUAUAGUUUCCUCGAAUUUCUUGCCCUUCAUAGAAUUGCAGAGAAUCAAGACCUAGCUCUGGAUUAGGUUUUGGCUUAACAGAACGUCAUGACUGGUUUAAUCUUCUAUCUGGGUCACUAAAACUUUCUCCCUAUCAGCAAUAAGGCUGUUGCACUUUCUUAUCAUUCAUGUUUUCACUAGAGUAGCACUUCUUGUCCUUUAAGAACUUUUCUUUGCAUUCACAAGUUGGCUAACAAUUGGGCACAAAAGGCCCAACUUUCAGCCUGUUUCAGCUUUCAGUAUGUCUUUCUCACUAUGCUUAAUUAUUUCUAGCUUUUGAUUUAAAAUGAGAGACUUUCUAUUCUCACCUGAACACAUAGAGGUCAUUGUAGGGAUUUUUACUGGCCUCAUUUCAAUAUUGUUGUAUCUUAGGAAGUAGGGAGGCCCCAGGAAAGAGAGAGAGAACAGCUGGUCAGUGGAGCAGUCAGAACACACAAAAUAGGUAUUGAUGAAGUUUGCAUUCUUAAGUGGGUGUGCUCUUAAGUGGGUGUGGUUCAUGGCACCCCGAAACAAUUUUAACAGUAACAUCAAAGAUCACAGAUCACUAUAUUAUAUAUAAUAAUAAUGAAAAAGGUUGAAAUAUUGAUAGAAUUAUCAAAAUGUAACAGACACAAGGUGAGCAUAUGCUGUUAGACUUACUCAAUGCAGGAUCACCAAAACCUUCAAUUUAUAGAAAGCCCAAUAUCUGUGGUAUGCAAUAAAGUAAAGCACAAUUAAAUGAGGUAUGCCUAUACUGAUUAUUGUAGCAAGGCCAGGCAUAGUGGCUCGUGCCUGUAAUCCCACACUUUGGGAGGUCAAGGCAGAUAAUCACCUGAAAUCAGGAGUUCGAGACCAGCCUAGCCAGUAUGGUGAAACCCCGCCUGAACCCAGGAGGUGGAGGUUGCAGUGAGCCGAGAUCGCACCACUGUACUUCAGCCUGAGCAACAAAGUGAGACCCUAUGUCAAAAAAUUACUUUACUAAGAAAAUACACUACCAAUUCUUUUUUCUUUGUUCACUUUGUGUUAAGGUGCUAAGGUGCUGAAUACUACGUACUAAUUCUUUUUUUUUUUUGAGGCAGAGUUUCAUUCUUGUUGCCCAGGCUGGAGUGCAACGGUGCAAUCUUGGCUCACUGCAACCUCCACCUCCCGGGUUCACGCAAUGCUCGUGCCUCAGCCUCCCUAGUAGCUGGGAUUACAGGCAUGCACCAUCAUGCCCGGCUAAUUUUUUUGUAUUUUUAGUAGGGAUGAGGUUUUACCAUGUUGGUCAGUUGGUCAGACUGGUCUUGAACGCCUAACCUCAAGUAAUCUGCCCACCUCAGCCUCCCAAAGUGCUGGGAUUACACAUAUAAACCACUGUGCCUGGCCUCAAGUACCAAUUCUUUUUGUUUGUUUGUUUUUUGAGAUGGAGUCUUACUCUGUCUCCAAAGGCUGGAGUGCAUUGGCACGAUCUUGGCUCACUAUGACCUCCGCCUCCCUGGUUCAAGUGAUUCUCCUGCCUCAGCCUUCUGAGUAGCUGUGAUUACAGGCACACACCACCAGGCCCGGCUAAUUUUUGUAUUUUUAGUAAAGAAAAGGUUUUGUCAUGUUGGCCAGGCUGGUCUCGAACUCCUGAUCUCUGGUGAUCCGCCCUCCUCAGUCUCCCAAAGUUCUGGGAUUACAGGUGUGAGCCACCACACCAGCCGAAGUACUAAUUCUUAAAGGGGAUUUAUAUAAUAUUUUUUAUAUUGCCUGGAGCCAUUCAGUUUUGUUAUAAGGCACAUGUUCUCAAUGUCUAACAUCUAUUUACACAACAGACCAAGUUGAUUUUAAGGAAUUUUCCUUUUUCUUUUGGAGACAGGGUCUUGCUCUGUCACCUAGACUGGAGUGCGGUGGCACAAUCUCAUCUCACUGCAGCCUCAACCUCCCAGGCUCAAGGGAUUCUCCCACUUUAGCCUUCUGAAUAGGUGGGACCACAGGCCUGUGCCACCACACCCAAAUAAAGUUUUAUAUUUUUCAUAGAGACAGGUUUUUUGCCAUUUUGCCUAGGCUGGUCUCGAACUCCUGGCCUCAAGUGAUCAGCCCACCUUGGCCUCCCAAAGGGUUGGGAUUACAGCCCUGAGAAACCGAAGCAGCCAACUUUAAGGAACUCAACAAUCUAAGUUACACUAGCAUUCUUGGGUUCCAAAAUGCAUGUUUUAGUCUCCUUUAGAACUUAAAUAUAUUUUUUAAUACAUGAUUUGCCUUCACAGACCAAAAGAUCAUGAAUUGCAAGCUAGGUUGUCAGGGGUCUUUAAAUGCUCCAAUUAUGCUUAGAUUUUUAUAGAUUUGACUUUUUUUUAAUCACCUGGGAUUCAGCUAUGGCUCUCAAUCUGUCAUUUAUGGGGUCUUAAUUCAAAACUUUUGGUAUAUUAAGAAGGCUAUUUUCAUGUAAGGACUUAUCUGAACUCCCCUAAGUGGGAUACAGUCUCCUAAUUUAAGCCUCCAGUUUUAUAUUUGUGUUGCCCAUGGGACACAUUAAAGGAAGUUUCUGCUUUGAUAGUAUUUUUCCUGCUUUACAGAAUUCAAAACACAGGGUGGAGAUUUUUCAAGUUUGAUUUACUUUUUAAUAUUGGUCAAUUUUUCAAAGAUAAAAGCCCAGCGUUCUUCCAUUUGCACUGAAUCUAAUCCAUAAGAAACAGAUGUAUCACAGGAUUUCCUUCCUCCCUUCUUAACAGAGAAAGGAAGGUGCUGCUUCUGUCAGAUCCAAUCUCUUAGUUUAUUUUUCCUCCUUUGAACCAAUUGUGCUGAGCUGCUUUAUGUCUCUGAAUACUGACUCCAGGAAUAUCAAGCUUCUGCUUUGUAACCCUAAUAUUGUGAUUUCAAGCAAAAUUUUCUAGAUGCUUGGUAUCAAAGCAGGUUUCUAAUGGCGUCGCCACUAUCCUUGAAUCACCUGAACCAGUAAUGUCAAAGGAAUUCAUAGACAAGCUUUAUAAAUUCUAGAAUGUUUAGACUGAAAAAGACUCCUGGAGUUUUCUAGACCUCUAGUCUUCACAUAGAGACCUGAUUUCCCAGAACUUUCUUGAGGAGGCUUGGGAAACCUCAGCUCAAAUUUCUUGAAAUUGGCAAAUCCCCUCAGAGGCAACAUGGCUUCAGCCCUCUAUUUGCCUUUAUGGGUUCUAAUUUUUACUUAGAUUUUUGCCUCACAAUUCCUUACAGCUCUUCCUGUCAGCUCUUCCAUGACAUUUACCAGGAGCAGAACACCAUUCAUUCUUGGGGUGAGAGUGGGGUAGCGUUUUUUAUUGUAAACAAUUCAAAUACAAAAAGAUUAUAGAAAAUAAUAAGAUAGACAUCUGUAUCCCUACCAGCAUCAAAUAUAUGCCAACUUCUUGCCAGAUUAGAUUCCAGUAUCUCCUUCAGUCAAGGAAAACAGUUGAUUAUUUCUACUAUUUCAACAAUGUCACACUACAAAUCCCUGAGCAUGUCUCCUUAGGCUACCUAUGCAAGAUGGGUGGCUGAGGAAGGAAUGAACAGUGGGCUGUAUUUGCAACAUUUUUAAAAAUUCACAAAAUGGAAUGCUCUCUAGAAGUAAAAAUAAAUGAGCAAAAUCUACACAAGUCAACAUAGAUUAACCUCAAAAACAUAAUGUGUGAAAAAGCACAUUAGAAAAAAACAUAUAGUAUAAUAACAUUCUAUAAAAAAUUAAAAUCCACAAAACAGUAAUAUAUAUUGUCUAUGGUUGCAUGCAUUUGCAGUAAAACCAUACAUGGUAUACUGGCAGUUGUGAACACUAGAUUCAAACCAAAUCUUCAAAUCCUUGCUCAUUCCACCAUGUGGCUUCUAUCUCAGCGUGUAUGGAGUGGGUAUCCAGAAUUGCUGAGUACUCUUUGUGUCCACACUGAUAACUGGACAGCUUAAGAUCUACUUUUCUGGCCAAGCAUGGUGGCUCAUGUCUCUAAUCCCAGCACUUUGGAAGGCCAAGGCAGGGGAACCACCUGAGGUCAGGAGUUCAAGACCACUCUGGCCAACAUGCUGAAACCCCGUCUCUACUAAAAAUACAAAAAUUAGCUGGGCAUGGUAGCACUUGCUUUUAGUCCCAGCUACUUGGGAGGCUGAGGCAGGAGUAUCCCUUGGACCCAGGAGGCAGAGGUUGCAGUGAGCCAAGAUUGCACCACUGCACUCCAGCCUGGGCAACAGAGCGAGACUCCAUCUCAAAAAAAAAAAAAUUUGCUUUUCUUGUGCAGUUAAUUGACUAUUCUAGUGGUUAGUUAUUUUCUAUUUAGUGCUUUUAACUUAUAAUGUAAUAUAUGCCCAGAGUAAUAAACCUUGUCAUUAUUCUCUACUGUAUAUUGAAUCAUUUACUGUCUACCCUGAAGAAUCAUGCUGCAUUCUUCAGUAUGAAAUCUGACUAUUCUUUCUCAGUGAAGUUUUUGAUUAUUCUUUUGUUUAUUGUAGUGGCUGCUGUAACCUGGUCCUAAAUUUAGUUUACAGCUCUGCUUUUGGACUGAAACCCACUGGUAUCAAGGAUUGUAGUUCAUAUUAUAACUGGCUCCAAACCCUUGCUUUUUUUCUGAAUCAGAAAAAUGGCACCAGCUACUUCUCUGCUUAUUGAAGGGAUAAGGAGACUUAUUCAGGACUUUUCCCUGAACCCUCCAAAGAGGCACUUAAUCUAAAAGGAUCCUGUGAGAUCUCCAUUCUUAAACAUCAUUAAAAUAGAUCAGAAAAUUAUCAGUGUAUAGUGAUUAAAGCACAAUGCAGCUGGAGGCAGGGUUUGAGUAAAUGGACUCCUGAGAGCCUUUUGAGCUCUAAAAUUCUAGAAUUCAAGCUCUUGCUUAAAAGGAUUUAAAGAAUGUUUAUGUCCUACCCCUUAAAAAAAAGUGUUUGCCAGGCGUGGUGGCUCAUGCCUGUAAUCCCAACAGUUUGGGAGGUCAAGGAGAGAGGAUUGCUUGAGCCCAGAAGUUCGAGACCAGCCUAAGCAACAAAGUAGGAACCCGUCUCUACAAAAUAAAAUUAGCCAUGUGUGGUAGUACACACCUGUAGUCGCAGCUACUUAGGAGGCUGAGGUACAAGGAUCACUUGAGCCCUGGAGGUUGAGGCCGCAGUGAGCAGUGAUUGUGAGCUGUAAUCCUGCCAGGCACUCCAGCCUAGGCAACAAAGAGAGAGCUUGUCUCAAAAAAAUAAAGUUUAUGUC